CUUUGGCCAAUUUCAUUAUAUCCAUAUCCCAGAAAAGGUGAAGGACUAGAGACCGGCUGUGGGGAAGACGCGACUGCCAGUUGUCCGUAUUUGUUUUUCAACCUGCAGCAGAACCUGGCCCCAAAAAAACGGAGCCUUUGGACGCUGUCAUCAGCGUUUGUCCAAUGCACACAGUCUCCUACAGUGCUUACGGUGUUGCAAUUUACUCUGCUCCAACAUUAUAAUACCGAAUACAACUGUAACAAGCCUAUAUUGAAACACACUGGGUGCUGCUUCAGUAAACCAACAACCCCUUUUUGUCAAACGAUGGCGCCUGUGAGUCUGGCGAGCGCGGCGGCCGUCAAGGUCGCUGCCUCAGCAUCGCGGCUACCUGUGAUGCGCGUAGUGCCAGUGAAACUUCACCUUGCGUCUCGAUUGGGAUUGCUCUCAUUGCUGCUGGUCGCGACCAUGGCAGGGCCAUUGGGUUAUCAACACUCUUUUGUGACCCGGGCUGUCGCUGACGAGCCAGCAAAGAAUUCAGCAUGCGUAAUAGAAGCGAACGGCGGCCAGACAACCUGCAUGUGUCUUUCAACGCAAAGAACAGUGGAGCCCCUUGAAGCAACGCUGUCGACAACGAAGUCUUCCCUGCAGUUGGUAUGCCAGUCAAGCUUAAAAUUCAUCCCCCAAGCACCAGACAACAACAAGCACGUAUGUCCAGCAGACGUGGCUGUGCUGAAGCAAUGCACUGGGAGUGGCGACGGCAACACAUCUAUCGAUGUCACAACUUUGCUCGGAGGCGCCACGCAGGAAAUAGAGUGGCAGAACGUUGAAGACGUGAAAGGCAGCACAACGAAGAAAUUAAUCAUUCCACCAGCGAACCUCCCUUACGCCGAGCAGAGUUUCAUUGUGGGCUGCGUUGAUGCCGAGGGCGAACCCAAAUGCAAGUUGACAGUAACUCUUGAGGCAAGGGCAAGCGUGACAGAAGACCAGACUGUCACUUGUGCCUACGGGAAGACCAGCAAUCCAAAACACCAAAGCAUCAAGCUCAGCCAGUCGCGAAACAGGUUCACUCUUGUAUGCGGAAAGGAUGGAGAAGUUCUCCCGAAAGAGUACCGGAGCAAGUUCUGUAAAUUUGGCAAGGAACAAGAUGCGUCCACCGCCGACUGCACUGGCAACUACACCGAAAUCCUCCCAGUUUACGAAACGAAGUGGUGGGAUUACGACCCAAGAAGCACCACUUACAGUUUGGUGAUUCCAGAGGGCGGUUUUCCUGAGGAGAAAACAGAGAUUAUGGUUGGUUGCCAGAAGAGAGAGAGUGCUGAAUCAUCCGCCAAAGUCAAGGAAGAAGCUUCAGCUGAUUCGCCGACUGUGUGUAGCGUUGACGUGACAAUUGAGGGGGUCCCGUCGUCUGCGUCGUUUUUUCCUCGAGGCGUCGUGGAUACCUUUUCCUGGGUUGUUGGCUUCGGCGCGAUGUUGACUGCGUUUGAUGUUUGGUGAUGUUGUUGGACUUCCGUGGUGGAAAAAAAUGUUCUAGGUAAAGGAAGAUGACUGGAGUGUGGAGCGUCGAGUGCGACUGAAAGAAGCAUCGCGAUUCGCGAAGGCUGCUGCACAGUCAGGAAAGCCGCGAAACUCCACCUAAAUGUGUGAGUCGUUUGAUGACGCUCAACAGUCUUCACCUUUACAGGUUACGAAAUCAUGCCCGAUUCUCUGUUGUAGUGACAAUCUGAACUGCGUCUAACAGGCACGACAUUCUCCGGCAUGCUGGUCUCGGCCGAGUGCCGCAUGCAGAAAAGUGCAUUCCGUCAGCGAGGCCACAGAGCGUCUCCCAAACGUAGAUGACAUCUAUUUCAUGAGACCAGAUUCUCACCCUCUGUGAGUCAUUGGGCCUGUUGUGUUGUAGCAGGGAGACGGGAAGCCAGGCUCCGUAACCCGUGUGCUUUCUACACUCGUUUUUG